GUUCUCUUCCUCGCGUGUGGACGCCGCUUGACUGCGGCAUGCCAAACUGAGCCAGUCGUCCAGGGGAGCGUCAGCCAGCGGCUUGUGGCGGUUGGUGUGGCUAUGAGAGGAAGUCAGAUGUUUUAAUCUACUCGUCAGCCGGUGUAGAGGCCGCUGUACGGCAGUAUCCACCCGAGCGGGACUGCUCGACCCGGCGCGGCGGCUGCUCCCACUAUCCGCACCCAACUGGGCUAGCUAGCUAGCACGAAGUUAGCUCGGCGGCUUCACGCGCUUCGAGGGGCGGACAGCGCUGGGGAAUCGGUUCCCCUCGGCUAGCACGACACGGUUCACGGCUGCUCCGGAGAGCUCAGCGCCGCGUUCGUUUCCCGGAGCAACAUCCUGCCGAGAUGGACAACCUGAGUGAAGCCCUGGAAAAGUUGAAGCUAGCGUCCACCGACAGCGCCACGGACAGCGUGGAGAGCUGUUUGGACUGCCUGCUCAAAGCACUCGCCAACAACAACACUGAGGCCAGUGUGAAGAUCCAGGAGAUGGGUGUUCUUCCCCUGCUUCCCACCCUGCUAAACCCUCAAUCAUCCUGCACCCCUAAAGUAGCCAACAUUAUAGCUGAGCUGGCCAAGAAUGAGUUCAUGCGGAGCCCCUGCGUUGAGGCUGGACUCAUUCCUCCUCUAGUUCAGCUUUUAAACUCCGCCGACCAGGAGGUUUUACUGCAGACCGGCCGAGCCCUUGGCAACAUCUGCUAUGACAGCCAUGAGGGCAGGAGUGCAGUUGACCUGGCAGGAGGGGCUCAGUUAGUAGCUGAACACAUUAAAUCCCUCUUCCAAAAUACCGAGCCGGAAAAUGAGAAGCUCUUGACUGUCUUUUGUGGCAUGCUGAUGAACUAUAGCAAUAAUAAUGAUUCCUUACAGGCCCAGCUGAUCAAUAUGGGUGUUAUUCCCACUCUGGUGAAGCUGCUGGGCAUCCACUCUCAUAACACAGCGCUCACAGAAAUGUGUCUAAUCGCUUUUGGGAACUUGGCAGAGCUCGAGUCCAGCAAAGAACAGUUUGCCUCCACCAACAUAGCCGAGGAGCUGGUUCGCCUCUUCCAGAAGCAGACGGAGCACGAAAAGAAGGAAAUGAUUUUUGAGGUGCUGGCUCCACUUGCAGAAAACGAUGCGAUAAAGCUGCAGCUGGUUGAGGCCGGCCUGGUGGAGUGUCUACUGCAGGUGGUUGCUCAGACUGUCGACGGAGAGAGGGAGGAGGACAUUGCUCAACUCAAGACCUCCUCUGACCUCAUGGUUCUGCUGCUCCUGGGAGAUGAGUCCAUGCAGAAGCUGUUUGAGGGGGGCAAGGGCAGUGUCUUCCAGAGGGUCCUGUCCUGGAUACCGUCUCACAACCAUCAGCUGCAGCUCGCUGGGGCCUUGGCCAUCGCCAAUUUUGCCCGUAAUGAUGGGAACUGUAUCCACAUGGUUGACACUGGAAUCGUGCAGAAGCUUUUGGAGCUGCUCGAUCGGCACGUUGAGGAAGGAAACGUGACCGUUCAGCAUGCAGCACUCAGCGCCCUGCGGAACUUAGCCAUACCUGUGGUAAACAAAUCCAAGAUGCUCUCAGCAGGAGUAGCAGAUGUUGUCUUGAAGUUUUUGCAGUCUGAGAUGCCUCCGGUGCAGUUUAAACUUCUGGGGACUUUACGGAUGCUCAUUGAUACACAAGCUGAAGCUGCAGACCAGUUGGGGACCAACGGGAAACUGGUGGAGAGGCUAGUGGAGUGGUGUGAAGCCAAAGAUCACGCAGGAGUGAUGGGAGAGUCCAACAGGCUACUGUCAGCCCUCAUUCGACACAGCAAGUCCAAGGAAGUAGUUAGGACUGUCAUCCAGGGAGGAGGUGUCAAACAUUUAGUUACCAUGGCAACCAGUGAGCACAUGAUCAUGCAGAAUGAAGCGCUAGUGGCUCUGGGUCUCAUAGCUGCACUGGAUUUAGUUGCGGCGGAGAAGGACUUUGUCGGAGCCAGUCUGGUGUCGGUGCUUCACAAGCUGCUGUCAGAUGAGAGGAGUGCUCCAGAGAUCAAGUACAACUCCAUGAUCCUCAUCUGUUCAGUCAUGGGCUCAGAACCUCUUCACAAAGAAGUGCAGAGCCUGGAGUUCAUCGAUGUGGUGUCCAAGCUUCGGGCUCACGAAAACAAGACGGUUUCACACCAGGCGUCGCUCACAGAGCAGCGACUAACUGCCCAGAGCUAAAUGACUGUGCCCAAGCCCAACCUCACUCAGCCACCCCCCCGAACGCCUGCCUGACCACCUAACCACUCAAUCACACCUCUUGACUGCUCCCCCCUGUGCCCAUCGUUAUGUGCCAAGGUACCACGUCACAUUACCUGCCAGUCAGACAUCCAGUCACGCCUCCACCCUGACUCUCCUCCCACUCCACUGGGGUUAGACUGAUACAGGUUAUUAUUCAAAGUCGUACAUUGGAGAAUUUUCCAACGGCAUUUUCACAUUAACCAGAAUUUAUCCCAAAGUGAACACUCCUCCUAUGAAAGCCAUAUUAAUGAGAUUUAUUUAGGUGGGUUAGCAGGUCUCUAAGGCGGGAUGGGGCAGGCUUCAUUUCAGGCUUAAAGACUGAUGCCCCUUAAUCUCAAAGAAUAUAAUUUGUCUUGGACGCUGCAGACUUGACUGUGUGUUUCAUUUCUAUAUUGUCCUAAUCAAACGGCAUCAGUCUAACCCUAGCUGCCACCUCCACUUGUGCAUGCAUCUCCUGCUACGAGCAGCUCCACGCGAGCUGACGCGCCAUAGACCGCCAACGCAAUAGAUUAAGAGACGACUCUUUUACGACCAUAGCUGUGAGACCAUCCGCCGGUAACCCACCAGUGAAAACGUGCACAAAGUACAAAAAAGGAGCUUUCCGUCGUGAUCUUUCUUUUCAUUUCUAAUAAAAAGCCGCCAUCCAUGACGUGCCCAGUUGUGUCCCAUGUAGCUCAAGUAUAAAUUGACUAGAAGCUGUGCAUGUUUUAGUCCCGUUGAAGGUGUACCAGUGUUCAUUUCCCUCUCUGUACAGCCUCUUCUCUACUUACUUACACCUCCAGUCUGGUUUUGCACACGUUCUUUUACGACUUUGAUCGAGAGGUUUUAUUCAGAUUUUUAAUACCGUUAUCCCAACGCACGUCCUCUGGCGCAGUACAGUGAAGUUAGAGGCUCCACACGUUCCCGUCGCUGAGAGGCUGGAUAGUGUGAUCAUCUUUGAUAGGAGAGUCUAGUUCAGCUGAAUCGCAGCUCUUCAGUCGCUGAGUGGCUCCUAAAAUCGACCACAAUAAUUGCUUCUUCAGCGUUUGGGCGCUUUGCAGAGCCAAAUGUUUUACGGGUAAAAUCUUUUUUGGCAUUUGUGAUAUUUUUGAUGAUGGACAGUCAAGAACAAGGGAAAUAAAAACACAAGUUACUAAAGGACUACAACAUUAGACAAGCGACCUACCGCUUCAUGGGAAGCAAGGAAAGCAGCGAGCGCGAGAGCCGCUGUUACAGUUAGCGUGUUGACACUCGGUGCGUUUGUACUGUGUAGACCAGGGGCGGCCAACCCUUAGCAUUGAGAGCCACGCUCCUGCUCGUCUCCCUCCGCACCUGCAGCUACACCUGAACCCUGUAAUCAUCAGUGUGGAGUUCUCGGAUGGUCGGAAACGGAGCCGGACUGCGGCCCUCGAGGAGCACACGAAGGGUUAACGCUAACGCGCGUCUCUGAGCAUGUGCUACACUGCGUGUUCUGGUCUGGGCCCUCACGUUUUUGUUUUUGUUAAGGUAUGAAAGGUUAUUUAUCAGAUCUGUGCUCUUCUACAGACACAUGCCAGUGGAGAUGUAACCAUAGUAACUGCGUAAAAUACUAUAAACGUAAAUGUUUGUUGUAAAUGUCAUGAAAUGUACAUUUGGACGAUUGUAUCGCAGCAGAUAAUUAAAAGAUAAUAGCUGGUGA